AUGGAAUGGAUGGAGAAAAGAGGUAUAAACUUAUCGUUUGGUGAUUAUGGAGUACGUUUGGAUCUCAUAGCAAAAGUUCAAGGAGUAACUGCAGCUGAAAAUUACUUUGGCAGCCUCUCACCUUCCAUGCAGAAUCAAAGCACUUAUGGAGCACUCUUGAAUUGCUACUGUGUUGAAAAAAUGACAGACAAGGCGUUGUCCCUCUUUGAGAAAAUGGAUCAAUUUAAUUUCACAUCCAAAUCAUUGGCAUUUAACAAUCUUAUGUCCUUGUAUAUGAGACUAGGGCAACCAGAAAAAGUUGCCCCCUUGGUACAGGAAAUGAAGAGCAGAAAGGUUCCACUAUGCACAUUUACGUAUAAUAUCUUGAUGAAUAGCUAUUCUUGUUUGGGUGAUAUAGAAGAAGUGGAAAGAGUCUUUGAGGAGAUAAAGCAGGAGAAUGCAAAGGAGUGCGAUUGGACCACAUAUAGUAACUUGGCUGUUACCUAUGUUAAGGCUGGGCUUCGUGACAAAGCUGAGUUAGCUCUAAAGAAGCUUGAGGAAGAGAUGGGACCUCGUAAUCGCGAGGCAUACCACUAUUUGAUUAGUUUGCAUUCCGGAAUAUCUAAUCUACAUGAGGUUUAUCGUAUUUGGAAUUCUCUGAAAUCUCAUUUCUCGAUAACAACCAAUUCUAGUUAUCUUGUCAUGCUUCAGUCCCUCGGUAAGCUUAAUGACAUAAAUGAUUUAAAGAAAUGCUACAAGGAAUGGGAAUCAUGCUGCUCCAGUUAUGAUAUGAGGCUGGCAAAUAGUGUAAUUGGUGCUUAUCUGAGACAUGACUUGUUACAUGAUGCAGAGGAAGUCUUUCGUCAUGCUUUGAAGAGAUCACAAGGGCCUUUCUUCUUGGCUUGGGAAAUGUUCAUGGCAUUCUUUUUGAGGAAUCAUCAGAUCAAUCUUGCUAUGAAGUGCAUGGAAGCAGCUGCCUCUCGAGUAAAGAAGAAUGAAUGGCAGCCAAAAUACGAAAUGAUUAAUAAAUUUUUCGAGUAUUUUGUAGAAGAGAGAGAUGUUGAUGGUGCUGAGGAGUUCUACAAGUAUUUGAAGAAGCUGAAUUGUCUUAGCAGUGAUGUCUAUAGUUCAUUGCUUCGCACUUACAUAGCUGCCAACAGAACAGCAGAGGAUAUGCUACUGAGAAUUAAGGAAGAUGGAAUUGAAAUGAGCUGCGAGCUCGAAGAGUUGCUUAAAAGGGGUUGUCCUGAAUAA